GUGGCGGUAAAAGCUGCUAGGUCGGGCUCCAUUUCUAGCACAUGACUAGCGGCGGUGGGGAGGCCCUAUGGUGGGGUGAGGGCAGGGUCACCGCGACAGCCAGCAGGCCAGCGCCCCGGCCUCUCUCGGCGCGCGCUGCUCCUCAGCACCGCCCCCGCGCCGCGGCUACCUCGCGCUCCGGGCGUCACGGAGCGCGCGCUCCUCCCCCUCCGUCCCCUCCCGCUCGACUCGCCGCCGCCGCCGCCGCAGGAGCAGCCGCCGCCGGAGCCGCGCGCAGCCAUGGCCGAGAACCCCGGCUUGGAGAACCACCGCAUCAAGAGCUUCAAGAACAAGGGCCGCGAUGUGGAGACAAUGCGAAGACACAGAAAUGAAGUGACAGUUGAACUCCGGAAGAACAAAAGAGAUGAACACUUACUGAAAAAGAGAAAUGUUCCCCAGGAAGAAAGCUUAGAAGAUUCAGAUGUCGAUGCUGAUUUUAAAGCACAAAACGUAACACUAGAAGCUAUAUUGCAGAAUGCUACAAGUGAUAACCCUGUAGUCCAGUUGAGUGCUGUCCAGGCAGCAAGGAAACUAUUAUCCAGUGACAGAAAUCCACCAAUUGAUGACCUAAUAAAAUCUGGGAUUUUACCAAUUCUAGUCAAAUGUCUAGAAAGGGAUGAUAAUCCUUCAUUACAGUUUGAAGCUGCUUGGGCACUAACUAAUAUAGCAUCAGGAACCUCUGCACAGACUCAAGCUGUUGUACAGUCUAAUGCAGUGCCCCUUUUUCUGCGACUCCUCCAUUCCCCACAUCAGAAUGUCUGUGAACAAGCGGUGUGGGCUUUGGGAAACAUUAUAGGUGAUGGUCCUCAAUGUAGAGAUUAUGUCAUAUCACUGGGAGUUGUCAAACCUCUUCUGUCCUUCAUCAAUCCCUCCAUUCCCAUCACCUUCCUUCGGAACGUCACAUGGGUCAUUGUCAAUCUCUGCAGGAAUAAGGACCCCCCACCGCCUAUGGAGACAGUUCAGGAGAUUUUGCCAGCUCUAUGUGUUCUCAUAUACCACACGGACAUAAAUAUUCUUGUGGACACUGUUUGGGCUCUGUCAUACUUGACAGAUGGAGGAAAUGAGCAGAUACAGAUGGUUAUUGAUUCAGGGGUUGUACCAUUCCUUGUGCCCCUUCUGAGCCACCAGGAAGUGAAAGUUCAAACUGCAGCACUCAGAGCAGUUGGGAACAUAGUGACCGGCACUGACGAGCAGACCCAGGUGGUUCUUAACUGCGAUGUCCUGUCCCACUUCCCAAACCUCUUAUCACACCCGAAAGAGAAAAUAAAUAAGGAAGCAGUUUGGUUCCUUUCCAAUAUAACAGCAGGCAAUCAGCAGCAAGUUCAAGCUGUAAUAGAUGCUGGAUUAAUCCCCAUGAUCAUUCACCAGCUUGCUAAGGGGGACUUUGGAACACAAAAGGAAGCUGCUUGGGCAAUUAGCAACUUAACGAUAAGUGGCAGAAAAGAUCAAGUGGAGUACCUUGUACAACAGAAUGUAAUACCACCAUUCUGUAACUUACUGUCGGUGAAAGACUCUCAGGUGGUUCAGGUGGUUCUGGAUGGUCUUAAAAACAUCCUGAUAAUGGCUGGUGAUGAAGCGAGCACAAUAGCUGAAAUAAUAGAGGAAUGCGGAGGUGAGAUUGAUGAAGAUCCCAGCCUCAUUCCUGAAGCAACACAAGGAGGUACUUACAACUUUGAUCCAACAGCCAACCUCCAGACAAAGGAAUUUAAUUUCUAAGGUCCAUUAAGUGCAGCAUCGUUCAUUCAAUACAAACACCACCAGAUGGCCACCAAGCGAUAAGACAGCAAGCAGCAGAAGGCUCCCAGCACUCUUGCCUCUUGGUUUUGAUGCUUCUAAAGCAAGCCAUGUCUCAGUCACUUUGCAGUUGCCAAAAGUCACUCUCACAUGGACUGUAAAUGCAUAUGCAUGAUUUCCUGAACUGUUUUAGAAUUUUCCUUAACAAUCUCAACUACCCUAUUUUUCCAUGUUCCCUGGUGCCACGUGCUGACAACUGCAGUCUCCAGUUAGAAUUCUCCAUAGUGGUGACAUAUCAGCUGCCCGCUGGUACUCCUUUGGAAAAAGGUGCACUGUGGAUCAAGACACUUUGGUAUGAUGUAUAUUCGUGUUGGAAGACUACAGAGGUGCAGUGUGAUCUGAGCCUCCAUCAUUGUCCUCCACAAACAUAUUUUCAUAUUCUUAUGUGGAAGAAUUAAAGUACAAGCCAAAUGACUUUCAUUGGUGGAACUGACACAAAAAAGUAAUAACUUAAAAACAAGAAACUUGGUUAUUGAUUAAAAAAGAUAAGUUUUUUAAAACUGUACUUCACCUACCAUUAAUUGAUGUGUUUAUUAUCUGCCUCAGAAGCCAGGGUUGGAGCAAGAGCUUUAGAUACCAAUGGUAAUGCUUUCGCCAUUAUACCUAAUUUUUGACAACAGCAAACCCUAUUUGACCACUCACUCAGCCUGUGUGUUCCUGCUGUUUUGAAUAAUCAAAUGCUGUGCAUGGUCUCUACCUGAGCUGCAGCCUCUUACAGACUUGAACUUCUGUUAAGUUGAAAGCAAGAGUCCCUGACUACAAAAAAAUACGUCAAUAAAUAAAUACGUCAAAACAGAAAUGGAAAAGAUCUAAAAUACUCAUUGGUAAUGUUUUAAGAUAGUCUUGCUUUCAGCUUCCAGGAGUUAUUUUUUUGUUUUAAUUUGAUAAUUGGAUAUGGUUGAUUUACAUUGGGUUUAAACUGUGGAGCUUUCAUGUUUACUGUAAUUUAGUCUUAAAACAUUUUUUUACUUAGUAACCAGUACUUUUGAUAAAGUGGUGGCAACCAACCAGCAACUCUUUAGAAGUGUUCCAAGACUUCAUUCUUGGAUCGGGGAGCUCAUUCCGAUCCCACUCAGAGCAUCCGCACGUUAAAGAGAAAGCCAGGAUCUGUGUAGAGGAAUGAUGUGCAGUUAUUUAACUCAGCCCGAUUUGCAGAGCUCUUUCAUCUGUAAAACUGGUAUUACUAUGUAAAGUUGUUGCUUUUGGCAAAUUGUCUGACCCGGAUAUUGAUGGAUGAAUAUGGAUUUGCAGUUUUUUAAACUAAAUAAUUUGUGCUGUCACAGAAAUGGUUUGUUGCUCUUGUUCACUGGGGAUAAUUUCCCAAUACAUUGAUGUGAAGGGAUAGAAAUCUAAACUAAGUUAGUGUUCAGAUGGGGGCGUGUCUACUGUGACGAAGAGGAGCCGAUGCCAUCAGAGCUUUGUGAGCCAGCUGGGGUGUUUUCCCUGAGAGACAACACAGCAGGUGUGCUUCAUUACAGACGUGUGUAUCUGCCAAGGUGGAGCCACUUUAAAGAGUGAGCUUUGUCUUGUAUCCAAAAUGGAUACAAGCGUAUGUUUAAACUGCAAGAUUUUUACUUGCUAGAGAAUCUGUUUUAAUAAUCAGAGGUUUGGCCUCUGAUUAUUUAUAGGUUUUAUAAAUUUUAGAAUCAAUUUCUCUUUAAGGUGGCUCAGAUUUUUCAACUCUUGUGCACAUAAAAUUGAGUUGAAGUUCAUUGUGCCUUUUUUUCUUUACCCAAAUUUUGAGUUAAAGCUUCAUAUGGUAACUGCAUCCUGUUCAAACACUUGUCUAAAUUUUGAAACUGUGUAGUGUUCACUAAAAGUAGGAAUAACAAAGAAUGAAUUAAGGUCACAAACUUUGGUGAAACCCUUAAAGUCCAAAUCUUCUUGAUGUUGUGAAUUGUCCCCCUUCAGGUUUAGUUUCUUCUGUACUCUCCCUGUUUAACUGACAGUUACCUUCUAAAAUUUGCACACAUUGAGAUGAAAAUUGGGCUUCUACUCUGAUGAUCCCUAUUUCCUCUCGUGUCCUAAGUGCAAACUAACCUUUAAGUAACAGUAGCAUCAAGCAGUGCAGACUUGUGGGUCUGCUUGAUUCAGUUUGCUGUGACCUUACCAGGCCUGAAUUGGAAUCGCACCAUUUCGUAGACAAAGGAACUGAGUGUAUUGCUGCACUUUUAAGUUUUCAAAACAGUGUUUUAAAAUUGCAUUGUUUUUAUUUUUUUUUUAAACUCAGUUUAAAAAUAACUAAAAUGUUCUUUCAAAAGAGGCAUCUAAACGUGUUCCUAAUUUUGUAUAUGGGCUUAGGUUUUUGUAACCAAUAAAAAAGCUGCUAUCAAAUAUGAUAAAACA